UUCAUUUGUAAGUUAAAUUCACAAUUUGACUCCAAAAUUAUCAGCCUGUUUCGGAGUGCGCUUGAGGGACAGCUUCUUGCACUUGGCUCUCUCUGUCAUUCAGCGCAGACACAGAGAGAGAGAGAGAGAGAGAGGGGGGGAAUGAAAGGAGCGGGUGUGGUGGGAAGGAGGAGUAAGGCAGAGGAAAUCACGCCGAGCAGCGGAUAUUGACAAGAACAUCCGAGCCUUUGAAAGUAUCCCGCCGGAAGAGUGAGUGGAGAAGGGAUAGAGACAUGUCUCUGUGCCGGAGAGUCUGGAACGUGUGGAUCCCGGUCCGCAGGCAGACCGUCCUGGGGAGGAGGAGGGAGGCAGUGAAAAGUGGACCUGAACAACUUUUCGAUUUAAGACCAUAUGGAAUGACCUUUUACAGCACCGUGGUGUCAUCUGAUGAGGCUGUUGUUGAAUACAAGCAUGGAUUUCCGGUCAUCUCAGUCACACUUCCCUCCAGAAACGAGCGCUGCCAGUUUCUGGUGAAGCCACUUUCGAUGAAUGUUGGUGAUCUUCUUCAGGACUUGAAAAGUGAGGAUCAAGGCAUCAGCAGGGCCGCAAUCUUUUCAGAAGAUGGCACUAGAGUUUCAGCCACAACACCGAUGACCAUUUUAUUAAGAAAGAACUUUGAACUGGUUAUUAAUGAAACAAAGUAUUUUAUAAAGCCCCCAUCUAGAGACUUUGUAAGCAGUGAGCGUUCAACAGAAAUGGAUGAUGUAAAGAACUUGGUUCAUAAGCUUUAUAUAGCUCUGCAUACGGAAUCUCACCAAUUGCACAAAGAGGGGGAGCUGCUGAAAAAACUGGAUAACUUAAAAGGAGAGUUACAGAAUCUUGAACAGAUAAAGUCGCAGUUGAUUCUGAAGGCUGAAGCUAAAUCUAAUCGGCUGAUGUGGGCAGGUUUGGCAUUUAUGUCGACUCAAGCUGGAGCACUGGCUUGGUUAACUUGGUGGGUCUACUCCUGGGAUAUAAUGGAGCCAGUCACUUACUUCAUCACAUAUGGGAGCUCCAUGGCUUUUUAUGCGUACUUCCUCCUCACACGCCAGGAUUGCGUUUAUCCUGAUAUAAAAGACAGACAGUUCCUGCACUACUUUCAUCGCGGAGCCAAAAGGAACAGCUUUGAUAUACAGAAAUACAACAAAAUCAAGGAGGAGAUGGCGGAGGUGGAAAAGAACCUCCAGCGUCUGCGUGACCCUUUGCAUUUGCAUCUUCCAAUCGAGCCACUAAACAGCAAAAACUAAAACUGUAGCUGAUUGGAAUAAACUUGAAAGUCAUGCUUCACAAUGACUCAACCAAUGCAACAUUUCAAUCGGAUCAGAACGCCUACAAGCACGUGUUCACCUAUAAGUUUGUUCUUUUAAAAUGGAAUUUAUUUUUGUAUAAUACCCUUUUUGCAAUUUUGCGGCAUUCUGAGAUUGAAGUGCCUAUGAAUCUAUCUAGUUUAAACUCCGCUGUUCCUAUUGUCAUCCCUACCAUCCAUUACCUUGUUCCUGAUUCCACUACUUUAUUACAAAGCCGACAGUUAUCUUACACAGGAACAUUCAUAUUAUGAAUAUGAUUCAGUAUGUAAAUUUUGAAAGUUGCAACUGCAUUAGGUAGAUGGCAAGAUAAUUUGGUGUAGCAAAUUGUCACAACCUACAGCUUUAAUGCUGGAAUCUUACUUAUAAAAAUGCAUUUCUUCUAAAGGGAAGGCCAAGACUAUUGUAAAAUUCCAAAUAGACUGGUUGAUAUACUAACUCAUGCACAAACAUGACUAAUUGGUGAAGGGUUUAGCAGUUUUUUUUGUAGCAGGAAGAGUCAUUUUUAUUUUAGGUGAAGCAGUUUACAGAAAACGUAUCGAGUACUUGCAUGUGUGUUCCGUCUGGUGGGAUGGGGUGCACGUUAGAGAGUUGUCAUAUGUUCAUUCUUGUUGAAAUCUGGGAAACAGCACAAGCACCUUAAUGUUUGCUUUUCCUCUACGCACCUAGUUUUUGUACCAAUGGACAAUCCAGCAGGCUUAGGCUGCUCAUUUGUAUCAUUUUACUGUGGGGAAACAUUACUGAAUAUGAUUUGUCAUGAAUUACCUUUCGAAUAGAGCCAAAAGACUCACUGGGGGUAGAAUUUGAAAGACAGACUCCUGUCUCACCGUUUUGUUUAAGAUUUAAAAACAACUGAAAACAUCAUUGGUAACAUACAAAAUUAAUGAAGAAAGUUCACUUCUAGAUUUUCUCUUGCUUUUUCCAUACUGUCACCUUGAUACUGUAUUUUCAGAACUGGUACUAAAGAUGACAUGUAAAGGCAGUAUUAUUUGUUCUAACAUAAUGCAUAGUAUUUAUACUUCACUCCUCAAUCAUGAUUAUUUUCCCUUGCCAAAUCUGCUACAGGUUUUUAAAUCUAUUAGAAAUAAUUUUCUCCCCGUUGGGACUGAAAGAAUUUGGUUUCAAAAAUCAACCUACGUGCCCCUCUUGAUGUAUUCAAUCGCUUCAGACCUCAUUGCCAAGCUUCUAAAAAGGAAUUGCUUAGUUUGCUGGGGUUUUUUUCAAGCUUCAUGUUUUCUUGGUAGAUAGCAGGUUUAUGGUACUUAUCAGUAUCUUAUUUUCUCCUCCCACCACCACCUCAAGCUACCUGUGGGACAUAUGGAUUGUGAACUUUUUCCUGUCUCCAAUUUCACCCUUUAGCUUCUAGUUUGAAGAUACUUUAUUUUUAGUUAGUUAUUUUCCUUUGAUUCAACCAACAUCCAAAGGAUGAAUUUUCACAUGAAUAUAAAAGGCAUGGUCAUUCCAUGUUAAAACAUGAGCUGUUGACUUAUUCCAUUACUGCCUCAAACAUGUUUGCCUGGCCAAGUAAACUAGUUUGGCAUUCUAAGUGACCAACACCAUGUAGGUUGCUUGUGUGGUCAAUAAUGAUAGAGUUGAGGUGAUGGACUUUAGAAGAUUUUCUUAAAAUUCUCAGAACACAGACAUUAUCACUAUGUAAUUAUGACAUCUGCAGCUCAUAAUGCAGAAUUAUUGUUUGAUGACUGGUGUACUCAGUUUCUCAAACUUAAAAACUAAUACAAUAAUCUGUGUUUAGUACAGUUCAGAAAAAGGUAUCAGGUGGAUUGAAAUGACCUGAAAAUGACUGAUCUGCUUUAGUUUUUAAUUAACAUUGCACUAUAGAGGAAUGUACUGUUUCCUAAUACGUUAUGUUUAGUCUUGGAAAUACUGUUAUUCUCUCCCAUUGUCAGCAGGUGUUGAAUGUGCAUCUUUCAUUUCACUGGCAUAUGCAGCAUGAGUCCUAAUUGUAACCCUAUCUCUCAAUGUUGAUUUUGUAAUAUAAUUAUGAAAUAUAAUUUUUGCUUGUGUACUUCAAAUACAGAAUGGCUGUAUUUUUCAAUAGAUCUUACCCAGUGGCAGGUGAAGGAAGAUGACAUUCAACGCUGCAGCACUGAGCUUAUGUUUGGUUUCACAUUAUUUGCAAGGAAACCAAAUUAUGGCUAUUUUAAUGGCAUCUUGGUUUUUGUUUGCUUGCUUUGCAGACUUUGACCAAAAUUGCAUUUCUCCUCUUCAUUAUCCCCAUUAACUUGUAUCUAUUUGAUCCUCACCAGUUCCCUUGUCUGAAAAAAAUUGAUUUCAUUCAUGUUAGAGUGUAUUUCACUCAUAUCUGCAAAUGUAAUUAGAUCAUUAACAUCCUCUGCUUGUUUUAUCUGUCUAUAUUUGGAAGAUUAAAUAAAAAAAGUCAGUCAUACAUAA